UGCACACGUCUUCAUUUACGUGCAGCAGGGAGCCCUGUGUGAUGUGGAGACCCGAGUUAGCUGGGAUUUGUCUAAUAGCACGGAGCAGUGGGCAGAGCAUGGGAUUCAGGGACAGAUAGACAGACACGGUCUCAAACUAGAUGGCCCUGCUCCAGGGCCAUGCUUGACCAUAGUCAGGGCUCAGGAAGGGGAAUAACUAUUAGCAUUAUCGACCCCGUCUCGGCCACCUAAGGGGGCUAUCCUCACGUGUCCAGUGGGUGCAGGGGUGCAGCUAUGUGGGAGCCUCACGUCUGUCCCUCUCUCCUACCUCAGAAGAAAAGCAAGGUACACUACCACGUCGCUGUCAUCAUCAACUACCUGGGCCACUGCGUCUCUCUGGUGGCCCUCCUGGUGGCCUUUGUCCUCUUUCUGCGGCUCAGGAGCAUCCGGUGCCUGCGAAACAUCAUCCAUUGGAACCUCGUCUCGGCCUUCAUCCUGCGCAAUGCCACGUGGUUUGUGGUCCAGCUCACCAUGAGCCCCGAAGUCCACCAGAGCAAUGUGGGCUGGUGCAGGUUGGUGACAGCCGCCUACAACUACUUCCACGUGACCAACUUCUUCUGGAUGUUCGGGGAGGGCUGCUACCUGCACACGGCCAUCGUGCUCACCUACUCCACCGACCGGCUGCGCAAGUGGAUGUUCAUCUGCAUCGGCUGGGGUGUGCCUUUCCCCAUCAUCGUGGCCUGGGCCAUUGGGAAGCUGUACUACGACAAUGAGAAGUGCUGGUUUGGCAAAAGGCCUGGGGUGUACACUGACUACAUCUACCAAGGCCCCAUGAUCUUGGUCCUGCUGAUCAAUUUUAUCUUCCUUUUCAACAUCGUCCGCAUUCUCAUGACCAAACUCCGGGCGUCCACCACAUCUGAGACCAUUCAGUACAGGAAGGCUGUGAAGGCCACUCUGGUGCUGCUUCCCCUCCUGGGCAUCACGUACAUGCUGUUCUUUGUGAACCCCGGGGAGGACGAGGUCUCCCGGGUCGUCUUCAUCUACUUCAACUCCUUCCUGGAAUCCUUCCAGGGGUUCUUCGUGUCUGUAUUCUACUGUUUCCUCAACAGUGAGGUCCGCUCUGCCGUCCGGAAGAGGUGGCACCGAUGGCAGGACAAGCACUCGAUCCGCGCCCGCGUGGCCCGUGCCAUGUCCAUCCCCACCUCCCCGACCCGUGUCAGCUUCCACAGUAUCAAGCCGUCCACGGCUGUCUGAGCUCGAGGGCCGGGGAGGGGAAGACGGUCUCCAGGCUCAGCCAGCCGCCCUGUCUGUGGAGGGAAUCAGCGCCUCCCCACACCCUGCGCCCCCAGAAGCAUCUGGCACAGACAUCCUGGGGAGGGGUCCCCCUUGGCUGAACCCCCAGCUGAGCGGGAGUUCAGCCUAUGAGAGCAGACCCAGUCUGGGCCAGGGGAUGACGGGAAAUAGCCUAUAAAGACUGGGCCGGGCCCACGGCCUCUGGCUCCCCCUUGCCCCAGGCCCCCCUGGAGGCGACAUCAGAAUGGAGUAGAAAUGGCCAGGUGGAAAUCCAAAGCAGCACACGGGUCCCUCCAAAAGGUGUCUUCUCCCACGGCACAAGAUGUCAGCCCACUGGAGACCUGGGGCCUGUCCUCGCUGCCAGGGACAUCAUGGGAAACUCUUGUGACAGCAUCCCAACCACCAUCAUGGCGCCUCCGGGUGUUGGCAAUGCCUUCCAAUACCGAUGGGAACCAAGGCAGAAGCCCUGGCAAUGUCAUUAUAGAUCAGGUGACAUCAUCAGGCAAUCGGCCGCGCCACUAGGAUCCUCCCCAGCCACCGAAACUUCAUCUGGCCCUGUGGCACUUCCAGCAGAAACGCCCUGCCUUGCUGCCUUGCACCGUUGGAACUUUACUGCCCCACAGGCCACUCAGGCUCCCCCUCCUUGGCCACACAUAAUAUUUGCACCCUGAUUUCUGCACCUCCUGUCCCUGGUGUCUCCCCCUCUGUGGAAAGACGGGGGUGGGAGGGUGACCUCGUGGCUGGUGAGCAAGAGCCAGGGUGUGCCCCGGCCAAAGCCAGUCUCCUCGUCAGGGGACAGAGGCUACUCAGGGCCCCCCUGCCGCUGGCUUCAGUGGUCUGGCCCCAGGGACAGCCUCUCUGCUGGUCACAGGGAGUUUGUGGCCCCCGGAUGUCCUCUGGGGCAUCGUGAUUAGCUAAGCAAAGAUAGAAGGGGCAGGGCACUUGGCCUCUCUCUGCCUGAGCGUCCUGGAGCAGGACAAGUGACUCUAGGGGCAACCAGCCAGUCCCCACUGGACCCUCCCGUGUCUAGAGGUACUGGGCCACUAGAGCAGGGCUUUGGGAGAUAAGGGUGUCAGCUGUGAGGGCAUGGCUGCUGUAAAUAAUAAUAUUUAUCUUUU